CCGGGCGGGGCGGAACUGUGCCGGGGCACGGGGCUCGGCUUCCGCCGGGGGAGCGGCCGAGCGGGGCUCCGGCAGCGGGUGUGGGCCUGUCACAGCCCCCGAAAGCAGAAGAAAAUAUGAGUAAGAGCAAGGACGAUGCUCCGCAUGAGCUGGAGAGCCAGUUCGUGCUGCGGCUGCCGCCGGAAUAUGCAUCCACUGUGCGGCGAGCGGUACAGUCCGGGAAUGUCAACUUGAAGGACAGGCUCACCAUUGAGCUACACGCGGAUGGGCGCCACGGGAUUGUCCGGGUAGACCGGGUACCACUGGCAGCCAAGCUGGUGGAUCUGCCCUGCAUCAUCGAGAGCUUAAAAACCAUUGACAAGAAAACCUUCUAUAAGACAGCAGAUAUUUGCCAGAUGCUUGUUUGCACUGUGGAUGGUGAUCUCUACCCGCCUUUGGAAGAACAAACUGUGAGCACUGACCCCAAGGCAAACAAGAAGAAGGACAAGGACAGAGAGAAGAAAUUCAUCUGGAACCAUGGCAUCACUCUUCCUCUGAAAAAUGUACGGAAGAGACGAUUCCGGAAGACAGCUAAGAAGAAGUAUAUUGAGUCUCCUGAUGUGGAAAAAGAGGUGAAGCGUCUCCUGAGCACCGAUGCUGAAGCUGUCAGUGUCCGCUGGGAAGUCAUUGCUGAAGAUGAAACAAAAGAAGUAGACAACCAUGGUUCACUCACCAGCCUGGACAUCUCCUCUCCAGGGAUGUCGGGACAUAAGCAAGGCCAUGGCUCCUCAGAACAUGAUGAACUGCGGGAGAUAUUUAAUGACAUCAGCAGCAGCAGUGAAGAUGAAGAUGAGAGGGAUCAUCAUGACGAUGAAGACCUGAACAUCAUGGACACCGAGGAGGAUUUGGAGAGGCAGUUGCAGGACAAGCUGAAUGAGUCUGAUGGGCAGCAACAGGAGAACGAGGGGUCCAACCAGAUAGUUAUGGGGAUCCAGAAGCAGAUUGACAACCUGAAAAGUAAACUCCAGGAGACCCAGGACAGGAGGAAGCGCCAGGAAGAUCUCAUCAUGAAAGUGGAGAACCUAGCCCUCAAGACCCGUCUCCAGGCCGUGCUGGAUGAGUUCAAACAGCAGGAAGAGCGAGAGAAGCAGCAGAUGACGUCCCUGCAGGAGCAGCUGGAGGCCCUCAUGGAGAAGUGAGGAGCGGGCCUGGGUCUUUGUAUCUGCGAGAAGAGCUGAAAGUGUUUUUUCAUCUGCCAUGCUGAAGUUUUUGCUCCAGAUACACAAUGCUGCUGCCAGCCAGGGCUGGAGGCUCCAUGUUCAGGGCUGCUCUCACAGACAUUGUGCUUGGCUUGGCUGGUGGAGCUGAAGGAUUGGACUAUGUCUGUGCAAGCAGCCAGAACACUGUAAAUAUUCAGCACUGUUCUCUGGGAGGGGUUUAAUUCUCCCUGGGACCAUGCAGUGCAGCUUUCUACAUGUUACUGAGUCUUGGACUUGAUGGGCUGUGGCCUGGUAGAAGCUUGUUCCUUGCUUGAGGAACGCUUGUGUCUGCAAACCAGACUCAAUAAAGUAUCGUUUCCAACCCUGA